CAGGGGUCCCGAAUCUCCCGCACCCUUAUACCUACACACGAAAAUCGCGUUCGACUUAUUCUGGGGAAACAAAAGCAAAUUUUUUGUUCGUUCUACUUACUUAUAGACAACAUUGUAGUGUGCGUAUAUAUGUGCUUUUUUUGUCUGGAUAGUAAAAAAGAUCCGCCCAAAAUUGAAUCGACAUAAUAUUAUGACGUAAUUAAAAAAAAAAAAAACGACUUUUCAACGAUUAAUAAAUUGGAAAUACAACGAUUGCAUUAAUUGGAAAAUGUCCGGUGGUGAGAUGAAAGUGGCGACCGUCGAGGUGGAGUCGUCAAAUGGAGGCGGCGACAACAAUAUGGCGACGCUUCCAGUUUCGCGGGCUCACCAUAAUCGAAACGAAAGCGACGAGCCCGCAACGAACAAAGAGCUCGGGCUCAGAUUUGUACAAGAGAAACCCGAUAAAAGAACCUCUCUAUUUAUCAUUAUGAGCUUCGUGUAUGCUAAACUGUUGGUUGUAAUAUGUUUAGCAUACGUAUUUUCGCACGUAAUUACCAGAAAUCUACCCCUUUAUUACUACGAAGGUUUUUUCACCUAUUUAUAUGGUAUGAGCAUAUUAUUUUUGCUCUACGUCUUUUGCUUUUUGCUGCAGGAAAGCUCAUGCUGCGCCGGAGUGGAGAAAAUAAAAGUGCAACCUGCUAGUAAACAAGUAAAGGAAAAAGAUAAAGAGAAAGAGCGGAAAAAAGAAGAGGAAAAGAAGAAAAAGGAGGAAAAGGAGCAAAGGAAAAAGGAAGAGAAAGAAAAGAAAAAGGAAAAAGAAAAAGAAAAGGAAAAGAAGAAUAAAAAGCAAGACAAGAGCACCACGUACCGUCGCAACAGCGAAGGCGUCGUCGACGCCGAGGACGUGGUGCCCGUACCCGUGACGGAAUUGUCCCAACAACAAUCUUCGCAGGGUCAAGAACCGUCGGUGCAGCCGCCGGCACCGCCCGCGCCGCCGCCCUCUGCUCCGAUCAACAAUUUGGACGUGGAAAGCGGUUCUGCGCAUCAGCAAGCGGUCGCGCAGCAAAAGGGCAAGUGCAAACGGAAGACUACGCAGAACGAUCACAGUCACGGCAGUUUUUUUUUGAGAAUUGGAGCAAUUGCUUUCGGAUUGGGCACGAUGAUUUACAACGGAUUGGAGUUUGGGAAAUUCUUCGAAACACCGUUCAACUCCAAGUGUCACAUGAUUUUGCAAGGCAUCAAUCCUGUGUUGCAAAUGAUUUUCACUUUUAUGCAAAUGUACUUUAUUUUUAUGAAUUCAAGGUUAAACAUCCAUCGAUUCAAAGUCGUAGCUCGAUUUGGACUAAUGCACGUAGUGGCUACCAACAUUUGUGUCUGGAUCAGAACCCUGGUACUAGAAUACAUCAAAGAAAUUACCAAUUACCAUUUGGACUUGUUAAACUCCACCAAAAUAGCUCCUACAGAAACACUAGCUCCAUUUGCAGAAAGCAUUAAACAACACACGCUACGCAAUGCCAAUACCGUCCUCGGUACUCACAUGGCCAAGCCUGAUGUUUUCGCGCCCAUUAAAACAACCGCUGCAAGCCUUUUGGCCGCUACUAACUUUAAGAAUGUUGCUGCUACGACUGCUAGAGGCGUUCACGCUUACUUUAACAACAUUGUUACAGAAGCUACGACUUUAGCGCCCGCUACUACAACCAUGAUUAGUACAACUACGAAAAGAAUGUUUACAACUACCGCCAAAACCAUCCCUACCAUGUUAUGGCGGACUACAACUGCCCCUACAACUACUACAACAUUUUUGCCGCCCACACUACGAACUACAAUGGCGCGUUCCUGGCAAGCAAUAACUACGGAAAAAAGCUUUUUCCCUCAUGCGGCCAAAACCUUUGCGCCCUCAACGUACGCGACUUUUCGGGAUUUCUUCGAUUUGAGGAGCUUUAAUAAUAUUGUCGCUAACGAUAUAGCUAACGUUGCGGAGGAGCCUGAAUAUGACACAAAUAGUACCGAGCUGUUUGACAGUCUCAAACCGGCAGCUUUUCUAAGAUAUUUCACCGCUUCUAAUGUUAGCUCUAAUGGUACUUACUGCAACAAGUUGAACAUCAUGGGCAGCAUCGUUGAAGACUCCGCUCCGUAUUUGUUUCCUUUUAUCAUCGAGUACUCGCUUAUUGGUGCCGCAGUUAUUUAUUGUAUGUGGAAACAUAUCGGACGUAAUCCCAGAUACGUUACUCAAGAAGACUUGGAACACAGACUAGAAAUAAUGCUCAGUCGUCGUGCAGUAGCGAUGGCGCACGCGCAACAAGGCCGAGUGGACUGCGUGGGAGCCUCGAAGGGUCUCUUUUUCGGUCUCCUGAUGCUAGUUGCCUCUCUAAUUUGCCUCAUCCUGUUUUUCGUUCUCAUUCAUCACAAAGAUUUGGGAUUGUUGGCCAUUUAUUUGGCCGAUGUGUCCCAUUGCGUCUUGAUGGUUUUGAGUAUUGUGGCCAUUAUAAUUGGAUUUAUUAGAGUUCAAAGUUUGAAAUUCAAAACCGAAGAGCAGAGUGACUUGAAUGACAUUUUAUUGAGGGUUUCAGCCUUUGGAUUGUUCACUUAUGCUGUUUUCAGUGUGAUUGCUGGCCAUUUCGAAGCGUUCACCGUUGAACCGAACAUGCUGGUCAUGAUUACUGGAGUUUUGUCUGUUUUACAGGUAGUUCUCCAAUUGUUAUUCAUCGCAGACGUUUCGCGUCGUCGCGUCCAUCUUCCGGAACACGACCGCACCAAACCGGGCCGCCAAGUAGUGACUUUCCUGCUGAUUUGCAAUAUCACGAUGUGGAUCAUUUACACUUUCGAGCAACAAAAAGUCGAAGCCAAUCCGGUCCAGAAGAAGUUUUACGGAUUUUUGACUUGGGCCAUCGUUCAACGUAUCACUUUGCCGCUGUGCAUUUUCCAUCGGUUCCAUUCGGCUGUGACAUUGGCCGAAAUUUGGAAGACCAGUUACAAAGCAAGAUUGGAAUAAAUUUAAUUUUUUAUUCAAUUCAUUUUUCGCUCUAAAUUUUUUGUGAUAAAACUUUCAAAUUAUUUUGCUCACACCAAAACCAUAACUCAUUGUUUUAAUAUAAGACUGAACUUACUAGUCACCCAGAAUUUUGUACUUAAAAGCGCACAGGCACCAUAUUUAAAUUCAGGGUCUUCCGAUGUAAAAAAAAUCCAUCUUGCGCACCUUCUUAUUUGGGCCAAGAUUGUCCACUGAAUCAAAAUUUUGUACAUAAAUUUUCUUGUUUUUGACCAUAGAAACGGUUUCAUGGACCACUCGAACCAAGACUUUAACCAAAAAAGAAAAGUAAUAAUUAUUUUUUAAAUGUUAUACUUAAUUAUAUUUUUAUUUUAUUUUUGUUAUUUUUUUUAUUUGAAAUAUAUUAGAAAAAAUUGGUAACAUAGUGUUGUGAACAAAAUAUCUCUCUCUAUGUGUGUUGAUAUUAAGAAAAAAAAUAUUUAAUAUUUAGCCUGUAGGUUGCAUUUUAUAGGGGGACAAAAACACCAGGAAGUAGAUACAUUAUCUCAAAAUGUAAUUAUUGUAGGUGCGUUUUUUGUCCCUAAAACUCAAUUUGUAAAUAAUAAUAACGAUAUCAUUUUGUUGACAUUUUCAUCAUAAUUAGCUUUAAGGUUGAAAAAAAAAAAAAAUGAAACACUGCCGAAAAAUAGCAUUGGCAACAUUGCAAAAAUAUAAUAAUAAUAAUUGUCAUUUAAUGGAUGUUUAGCAUUAAUAAUAUUAUUCGUAUAACUUCUUACAUUUGAUAAGAUUUUAUUGGAUGUCAUUUUACCCUGUAUAAUAAUUGUAGAACGAAAAUUAAAAAAAAAGGGUUUUUCGAUGGUUUAUUUUAUUUUUUAGAAUAAAUAAAUAAAAAUCUAAACAUUUUUUUUUUUUUUUGUUUUAUUUGCCUAAAAAUAAAUAAAAUAAAUAGGUAAAUUGCCUAGAAAAAAAUGCAUUUAUUUUAAGUUGGUACUGUGCCGUUGCAAUUCAAUUCGCCCAGUUUUUGUCGCAAAACUUCAGCCAAGUUGCCACGUUUCACUUCCAACUCUUCUCUGGUUGUUACAUUUCUCAGUUUCACAAUGCCACUCUUAACUUCGCUUUCGCCCAAAAUUAGGGCAUAAGGAAUACUGUUUUCUUCGCAAUAUUGCAAUUGGGCCAAAAGUUUUGGAUUUUUUUUAUAGGAAAAUUCAACCUGAAAUUUUUUAUUUUUAGUGCAUUAACCUUCUGAUAGGUAGAUAUGGAAUCUGACAGAUAAAAACGCAAUCUGUAAUCCCAUUGGUAAAUGGGAUUAUAGCUCAGUAAUGUUUAGUUAUCAACAAAACUUAAAGAUGAAUAAACCGAGACUUAAAGGUGUAAGGAUUAUUUCGACUUUCACAUACCUUGAACUCGUUGUCCCACAAUUCAUUGCAAAGUUUCAACCGUUCUUCGACCAAGUUUUUCUGAGCGGUACAAACGUAAACGUCAACUUCGGUAGUGCGAGUUUUUCUAUUGGCUGCUUGUAAUCUUUGUUCCAUUACAGCAAAUAAUCUAUUUGAAAAAACAAAAUAACCCAAUGUUUUACAAUUUUGCGCAAUCUUGCAACAUUGCUUUAUAACUAGAAAAUUCGAGUGUUUAAAACAAACUAAAGCGAAUGGCAUAUAAUAUUGACAGUUGCGUUAUAGAGGGCGUUUCUGUACUUUUUAAAUUGUGUCGCGUAACCAUUGAAGUAUUAUUUAGAGCCAGUUUUUCAAUAGCAAAUCACCCCCGAGUUAAGCAUAACUCCAGGGUAAACAUAGCAAAUGGGCACUCUUACCCCAGGAGUUAAAACCAACACGGAGAUGACUCGAUAUUGAGAAACUAGCCCUAAUAGUAUCUCAAUGUAAAAAACUCUCAAGUACUGAAGCGCCCCUUACAACUCAACUUUUAAUAUCACACACCAUUAUAUAGCUAAUUUUUGAAGCACUAUGAAACGAAAACAGUGAUUCAUGAUUUUUAUGUCAGUCAAAUAUAGUCAGUCAUAUACAGUCAAAAAUAGGUUGGUUUUAACUCCAGGGUAAACAUGUCUAGUUGAAAUGCUUAUCCCGAGGGUGGCUCACUAUUGAAAAACCGGCCUUAAUGUGAAAAUUUUUACCUUUCAACGCCAAUAGAGACACCGACACAAGGCACCUGUUUAUUUUUUCCAUCGAACAUGCCCACCAAAUUGUCGUAACGUCCUCCGCCAGCUACAGAACCCACUGCAAUGUCGUCACCCAAUAAGACUGCCUCGUAAAUGACUCCCGUAUAAUAAUCCAAACCCCUUGCCAAACUCAAAUCGAAAGAAACCUUAUUCGAAAUGUCAAAUAUUUCGCAAUAUUUCAGCAGUAGCUUGAUAGAUUCGAGGCCCUCAACAGCACAUUUGUUUUUGGAUAAGUUUUCAUCUAACAAUAAUUUAUCUACAAGUUCUAAUUGUCCAUUUAAUUUAACAUAGUUUCCGAUUUUAUCUGCAACAUCUUCACUAAGUCCUUUUUCUUCAACCAUCUCUUUUUUGACUUCCUCCCAAGGACUCUUAUCAAGCUUAUCAACAGCAGAACAAAUUGCUCUAAAGUUACUUUUUGGCACGCCACAAGCCUCAAACAUCCCAUCUAGCAACAACCUAUGAUUAACUUUCACAACAAAUGGUGUAACUUGCAUUACAUCUAAAAUUUCCGCAAUUAUUUUGAUGCAUUCUGCAUCUGGUAUCAUGGGAUCAUAAGUCCCAGCUAUAUCAAAGUCACAUUGGUAAAACUCCCUGUAUCUUCCUCUAGAUAUAGACGGAUUGUCCCUGCGAUAAACUUUGGCAAUGUGGUAACGUUUAAUGUUGCUAAUCUUAUUCAUGGCUAAAUAACGAGCAAAAGGAACAGUCAAGUCGUAGCGCAAAGACAAAAUUUCGCCUCCCUGAUCUUUCAAAUCGUAAAUCAACUUGGAAUCUUCGCCGUAUUUACCAGUUAGGACUUCUUUGAGCUCGAAUACUGGUGUAUCGAUAGUUUCAGCACCGUGCUUUUUGAAAACCGAAAUUAUUUUAUUGAAAACGUUGAGGCGCAGAGCCAUUUGCUCGGGCGAAUAGUCUCGGGUUCCUUUUGGGGUUUUGAGGGUGAAUUUUUGGUUGGCUGCCGCAUCUUCAGCAGGGGCUUGUUGGGCUUUGAGGUCUAGGAGUUUGGCCACUUCUUCUGCU